UAGAAGUUGCCAGGUAACAGACGCCAUUGAUGAAUUUGCAGGUGCUCGGAAAUCAAAUUCUUUGUUUUUAUUGCCGUUUAUCAUCAAUUUAAAGUUAAAAUGCCACUCAUAGAAGUCAUCGAAGAGACAUCACAUGCUCCAGAGAAAGUAAACUCAACAAAAAUUCUCAUAGAAGAUGACACCAAUGAGAAUCCCGAACCAAACCAUGUUGAAGAUGUCACUAUAGGAAAAAACAAAUCAGAACUUAUUGAAGAUGUCCGUUUUGAAAAAUCAGUCCCCAUUCUUAUUGAGGAUGUUACUACUUCAUCAAAACAACCAGCAGACAACAAAACUAUAGACGAAACUGGUUCCAAGGAUAACACAACUCCUCUUGUUGCAACAGGCUCUGGAGAUGGAGAUCCUCCCAAAGACAAACAGGAGAAAGAUGAAGAGAAUAAAGCAAAAGAGAAGAACUACCCAAGGUUGACCAAGAAAUUCCUGAAGCAACAUUGUAAAGAUUUAAAACUCUAUAUGACCCCAGCUCUCAAUGAUGUUCUGUAUUUGCAUUAUAAAGGUAUUGGAAAGAUCGAAUGCUUGGAGGAGUAUACAGGACUUAAAUGUCUCUGGCUCGAAUGUAAUGGCAUCAGGACCAUCGAAAACUUGGAAGGACAGCAAGAACUCAGGUGUCUCUAUCUACAACAAAAUGUCAUUCAUAAACUUGAGAACUUGGAACCUCUACAGAGACUUGAUACGUUGAAUGUGUGCAACAACCAAAUUCAAAAAAUUGAAAACAUUGCGUGCCUUCCUGUCCUACACACUCUCCAAAUCUCCCACAACAGACUGAAAUAUGCAGCUGACCUUGAAGAACUUGCAGAUUGCCCAGAGCUGGGGGUCCUAGAUAUAUCCCAUAAUAAAAUUGAUGACAUUGAAAUAAUUGAUGUAUUGGAAAAAGUGAAAAACUUGAGAGUACUCACUAUGAUGGGGAAUCCUGUCAUUAAGAAGAUUAAGAACUACAGAAAGACAAUGACUGUUAGACUGAAGGAGCUGACAUACCUAGAUGAUCGCCCUGUUUUCCCCAAAGACCGUGCAUGUGCUGAGGCUUGGGCAAAAGGAGGUGUAGAGGCUGAGAAAAAAGAAAGAGAUGAAUGGGUAAACAGAGAAAGGCGCAAGAUAAAAGAGAGUGUUGAUGCUUUGUUGGAGAUUCGCCAGCGUGCAGAAGCAGAUAGACUUGAGAAAGCUAUAAAGGAACAAAAUGAGAAGGAGGGCAGGCCAGAUGAACCAGUUGUUGUUGACAAGGAGAAGGUUGAUUGGCUUUAUGGAACAGUUGAUGACCCCAGUGGAGAGAGAAAGAUGCAAGAGGAUCAACAGCAAACUGAGAAGACUUUAGAAGAGAUGCCAGUUAUUACAGGAAGGAGUCAACAGGAGGAUGACAGCAUAUUCUCCAAGCAGAAAAAGUCUCCAGGCAGCAGCAGUAAUGAUUUCCUCAGCCAGAUAGUUUCAGAUCGUGUAAAGGAGCCCUUAGAACCAACUGGUCAAACUCUUAUUACUGAGAUACCAGAUGAGGAAAUAGAAGAGAUAACUGCAUCAGAUGCUACACAAUCACACCCCUCAGAUCUGCCAGACCUUGAAGAUGUGAACGUCGAAGAUAUACAACAAACAGCACAGACAUCCGCCACAUAUAAACCUAUAAUAGAAGUAAUGGAGGACUUCGAAGACAUUUCGAUUAACAACCAAUCACAAACAGGUUCACAAAGACUCAGCCAAUCAAAUACCACGGGUGCUCCAGGAAACAACCAAUCAGAACAGUUGUUACAAAAUUUACAAAAAGCAACAUCUGAUGAUAAAGAUCAUAAUAAUGUGACUGUGAAAGAUGUAGAGAAAACUUUACAGGAAAAGAUCUGGGACUUAGCAGCUAAUGCAGGUUCUACUGCAGACAGGCCACCCAUCGAUGAUGAACUAGAAGGAUUGGAUUGAAAUGUUGCUGUCUGCGAGAAUU